AUGGGAAAUAUAUUGUUUCGUAUGUGUCCAGAUUUUAAAAUAGACACGAGCUAUUUUGGCCGAACAGCGGCGGAACGGCGAACGGCGAAAGACGGCCGGCGCGCGGUGACCAUCGCGAGAGCAACGCGAUGCGGCGAUCGAAUCGGUAAAGAUGUAAGACCGUGGAGUCACAUCGCCGGCUCUGUGUGCCAGUCUGUAAAGUCCAAGCAGCGAAUCGAAGCAACAAUAAAUAAAUUUUUUACUUUUAUUUACAGAAAUCCGAAUGUCAUGGUGGCAGGACCACCUCCACCGCCACCUCCUCCACCUCCUGUAUCUGGUCAGCUGCCAGCUAUGAGGAUAAAUACUGCCGAGCACACAGCAGCAAAGAGACCACAAGUAGGUAGCAACGAUGCUUAUGAGCCACCAGCCGCCAUCCAGAAUGCCAUGUUAACGAAAGAUAAGAAACCUUUCACCUAUACCCCGGGUAUGGGUGGCAAAUUAGAUCUCUCGCAGAUUCGUAGUCCACGAAUGGCGAGAAGAGUCGCGAAAAAUGCUAAUGACGAAGGUAUAGAAGGACCGCCGAAAUCCACUGUCGAAACAAAAUCAUCGCCCGCAGUCUCUCCCGCUGCGAAUUUUUUAAUGCCACAAGUCGCAGUGCCUGUUUUUCCUUCCAACGCAGUGCCACCUCAACCUAAUGUUAAUAGGAUGUCACAACCACCUUCGAUCAAUAGAACAUUAUCAAACGCCACAGACAAGCAAACCGACAAGCAAGCCGAACCAGCGAGGAACAUUACGGUGGAUACGAAAGUAACGCCGAUCACAGUCACAUCGAGUCAGUCGAACACUCCCGAAAGCCCGGGUACCCCAACGCAAGUCACUUUAGCCAAGGCUCCUACACCGUGGCUUCAAAAUAAGAAUAAAACUCCGGAAAGAUUGCCUGAAUGGGCUAUACGCACGAAUGUCAAUAAAACGGCUGACGGCGACUCGUCGGAGAAGGCACCUUCUCCAGUUUACAUUCAAGUUCAGCAAUCGUCUCCGCAAUGUUCACAAGCGAAGCAAAAACCGCAGGAUCAAAAACCACAAUCGAUUCCGCAAUAUCAGCCUCAACAAGCGAAACCGCAACAGUUAUCUCAACGGUGUCAACAACCGCAGCAGCAAAGGCAGAGACCAAUCGAAUCUGUACCGCAACAAAUUAGCUCGCCGUUGCAUCAGCAGGAGCGCGUUAUACCCAUUCGGAUCGAAGAUAGGCCAUCGGUAUUUGACGUGAAGCAUGAAUCUGGCCAUCAUCAAUUUAAACAGCAACCAACUCUGCAUCAUCAGCAACGAUGGGGUCAGGUACCUGCACAACAGAUGAGACAAAAUCAGAUGCAAAAUCAUCCGCAAGCACAGGAACAGUCUCAGAUCCAUGUUACAUCUUCACCUCGGCUAGAACAACCAGCUGGGACAACUUAUAUCGUCCCUAUUGUAGUAGAAGGUAGCGAUAAGAGGACGAUUACAUCGAAUACACAGAAUAAUAUUCAACCCGGAAAAACAGCAAGAGUACAACAAGUACAAGAACCGAAGAAAUACAUGGGUAGCGCAAUUCCUUCUCGAUCCUUCAAGAUAUUACAAGCGAUGACAGCAUCAGAAAAUACUGCCAUGCAAGAAAACCGUCAAGCAGAUUACAACUGUCGAACAGAGAAUAAUUUGCCAGGCAAUCAGCAAGAUGUACACUUCCUUCCUCGACUUGUUUCCUACUGGUCAAAUUCCGAAGAUUGGUGGAACUAUUAUCCCAUGCAACAUAUCCCUCCAUCCGAUAAGUUCGCAAACGAAACGGACAAACACUCCUCUCCUUAUCUACAACAUCCAGAUAAAAACCCGUACAUUGGACACGAAUCGUUUUAUCCGGUUAACGACGGAAGCUUUGUGAACGUAAUAAAAGCUGUAGACCAAGAAAAAUCUCCAGAAUACGGUUACAUUGCCGUAAUUUGUCCUCAAGCCAACUGUAACGAUUUAUCGCACGUUAAUGCAAAUGAUUACAACUAUGAUUAUGACACCACUAAUCAUUCGUCCCCUGCUCAAAAUAAUACACGUUUCGUGCAAGAUGAAUCGGUCGAUAAACCAAAAAAUAUCUUGUCCGACGUUAAUCACUUGGACGCACAAUCAAAUGAAACGUACAAUCCCAGAAAUAUCUGCGAGAAUUAUAAUAGUGACAAAAAUUGUAUUAUAACGGCUAUGAACAUAGUUGACGAGGAAAGCAACGCAUCAGAUGAUCCCAACAAAAUUAUUAUCUCUGAUAAUGAAAACUCUAAAAAAACGAUCGGUCUGCUCAAUAUCAAUUUGCUUAAUUACACGUACAUAGAUACUAGCGAUUCUAGCGAUUCCAGCGAUUACAGCGAUUCUGAUGGCUCUAGUGACUCCGGCGAUUCUGAAAUCGCCGACAAUGAAAAUCUUUCAGAUUCCUGCGAGAAACAUCGCAAUGCCAAUUCUGAUACAUUAUCCAAUAGCGAUUCGGAUCUGCACGAGAGCAAUUCUAUGGAUUUUAAUUCUUGUGAGAAAUUGAAGAGAAAUCCGCGCGCUGUUUUUCCCGCCGAGAAUUCCACCAAUCCCGUGAUGCCUUUGGAAUGCUCGAUUAAUACUGAGAAUUUGCAAAACAAUUUCGAAUGUAAUAGUGAAAAAAUAGAUUUCACGAAAAGUCAUAUGAAUUAUUCGAACGAUUCUUGUACAACGUUAAAGCAAGUAGAGGAACACAAUAAUGAGACUUACAUCGACUUACAUCAAAGUAAUCUCAAUCUUUCUGAUAAAAUGAAUUCUGAUAAAAUGAGUUCCGGAGACAAUCGGGAAUCGAACAUGGAGCAACGUAAUCAAGAGAGUCCGAUAACUGAUAAUAUUAUUCCUCAUCAGUUAAACAUAAUUGAUGAGAAUGCGGAACGAUUUAAUUCCGAAAGUCUUUAUUAUGAGAACAAAAGAGAUAUCAAUGGACAGAGUGAGACUGCCUUUGAGGUGGCCGAUGAUCCGUCUGACAAUGCCGAAGCUAUAAUGGUCAGCGUGAGCUUGCCCUUAAAAUUCAAAUUUUUUGUAUCCGAGAACAAUGAGGAUGUUACUACUGUAACGGUUGGUGACAGUAAAAUCCUAAAGGCAGAAAAAUCCUUCACUACGAAAAAUGACAAGGACGAUCUUUAUCGUAUCAACAACUUCCAUAUCGACAAUGACACUAGAGUAGAUUUUACCGUAAAGAGACCAGUGUCGGACGCGAUGCGCGCAACAGCAAGCAAAAAAAAUAAGGGAAACGAAGCUGCGACAUUGCAUACGGAUUUCACCUUCAAGAAAAAUUUGACGAGUAUUAAGGAAGCUGGCUGCAAAGAACGGGACACGGAGACGGAAUUUCCAGUUACGAAAACGGAAAUAAACUCGGCGGAAUCAGCACUGAAAAAUGUCAAUGAUUCUAUAGACUCUGAAUCGAUAACGGAUAGACGCGACAUAUUAUCAUUAAACGAUGAAAAUUGUGUUGGAGAAAAGAGAGAAGAAUCUACCUGCAAUGACUCCGAACAUGUCGACGACGAUAGCAAAACAAUAUCUGAAUCGAAACUUAUCGCGUCUGAAUGUUUCGGCAUGCAAGACGAUUUCGAAACAUUUCAAACUGAAAUUACAAAGGCAAGUCAAACAAAUCAGGAGAAUUGUCGCGUAGUUGCGAAUAAUGAAAAUGAACGACGUGCCGAUUCGGAAGUUUGUCGGACGUACGAAAGCGUUGAUACGAAGCGCAUUUUGAAUGUCCAAGAUUUUCGCGAAGAUUCCGAAGAUGACGAAGAUAGCGGAGUCACUUCCGAUAUAGGCCGGAUGAUACCUGAAAUUGAGGUAGAUUCGGAACGUGCUGUGUCAAAAAAUCAAAAAAAGUAUCAACGAACGCAAACACAUUCGCGACUUUUCCGGCUUCUAAAUGACGAUCCCGUCGCAGUUGAUUGUGCCAAGGUAGAUCCUUCCCUAAGGAAGGAAUACCUUAAUUUACCGCUUAAGACGAGCACGUUCAGCUACGACGACAGUUCUGAUUAUUCCAGCGGUUUGGCAUCUCCCGAGCAGUCGCUUAUUCACGAGCAAUCCUGGCGAAAAUUUCACGAUAACGCGAUAACGAACGGAAGUGUCGCGAGUUUACCGGACGCUACGCUUCAUCAUUCAACAAACAGCCAACAACAGCCGGAACAAGUUUAUUCGAAGGAUGAUCCGUAUUUUUGGAAUUGGAAGAGCGCAAAAUUAUCUAAAGACACGUCAUCCAAGUCCAAUGUCGUGCCCUCUUCGGCGUUCAAAGUUCUGAAUAACAAGAUACCGUUUUGGACUUACAAAGUGAACGUGUUGUGUCCGAGAAUCAAGAGUUCGAACAGCGUGCCAGGAGCCUUAACGGCACAACACAAGCAAAGCUUCGGCAAGAAGUAAUUCGUCGAUGACACCUACCCUCCCGAUAUAUAUCCUUCUGCGAACACAUUACCGUAACCAUAAACCGACCUUUGCCAUUGCUGAUGGCCUUAGGGCAGAAUGAAGCUGUGUAUUUGUCGCUGCGAGCAACCGCUCUCUUCACAAUCCACGGACAUAUUUUUUCUCGAUUUUCUUCGCAAGACAGGGCCGAGUAUGCCCGAGGUGCUCUACAGGCUACGUGAUUUUUUUUCUAUCGGUACAUAUCGUUUCCAUAUAUUCGUGUAUCACUUUUUAUUCUCUUCUCCGUAUUUCCCACUUUUCUUUCUCACUCGUCUUUCAUUACAGUUUUUAUUACAGUUGAACCUCUGUAUUUGUCAUAUCGCGGUCAGUAAAUCAUCUUAUUUUCUUUCUGAUCUGUACAUUUCAUUCCAACUCCUUUUCAUUUGCGCUCCUUCAUCUUGUAUAAUUACGUAUUUAUA